CGCUGCUCGCAUGAGGACUAUUAGCGAACGGAACCGGAUUAGAUUGACGUGUUUACGACAGUGACCGUAGUUUCCGUUAGAUGUGACAGAGUGAGGAAUUGAAGCGCGCGCGGUCCGUGUCAGAGGAAUUAAACCAGCUUUAAACCCUGCGAGGUGUUCUAAUGAGUUCAGCAGGAGACAGACAGUGCUUCUCCAGGAACUCUCGGGCUCCUGAUGCUCCUCCCUCACAGCGGUGUGAGGACAUGAAAGCCAAUGCUUCAGUGUCAGAAAUCUGUGUGAAGAAAGAGGAGACGCUGGAGCUGAACAUCUGCAGCCGUGGAGACGACCUCGACACCACACCCAAAGAUAUCUGCAUUAAAGAGGAAGAUCCUGGGUGUAAAGACCUGCUCUACUGUGAGGUUUGCAAAUCUUUCUUCUUCAACAAAUGUGAAGUUCACGGGCCGCCAGUGUUCAUCGCUGAUAAUCCUGUACCGAUGGGAGUCCCUGACCGAGCCAGACAAACUCUUCCUCCUGAGUUAGAGAUUCAGGAGUCCAGUAGUCCUGAUGCAGGCCUGGGAGUGUUUAAUAAAGGGGAGACAGUUCCAGUAGGUGCACACUUCGGACCCUACCAGGGAGAGCUGGUAACCAAAGAGGAAGGCAUGGACAGUGAAUACUCCUGGGUGAUAUCCAGGAGUAGACAGUGUGAAGAAUACAUAGAUGCCAAGAGAGAAAUGCAUGCAAAUUGGAUGAGGUAUGUAAAUUGUGCCCGUAAUGAUGAAGAACAGAAUCUUGUGGCAUUUCAAUAUCGAGGGGAAAUUCUGUAUCGCUGCUGUCGACCAAUUAAACCAGGACAGGAGCUGUUGGUGUGGUAUGAAGGGGAGUACGCCAAAGAUCUUAGCCCUGUGUUUGACUCCCUCUGGAACAAAAAGUGCUCCAGGACUGAUGUAAACAAUGCUCAUGUGCAAGGCUUUUCUUGCUCCACAUGUACUCUUUCCUACGCAUCUCACAUUUCCCUAGACGAACACAUCAAGAAAUGUCACUGCAAAGAGUAUGUGAGACUGCAGGAAGCAGAAGAAAUUAAAUACGAGCUACAGAUUCCAUCUAAAGGAUUCGGUAGUGAGCCAAAAUCAUCAGGUUCUCUUAGUUCUGAUGCUUCUCCAAGUGAUCUACAGAAGGAAAGUCACCACUGCUCAGACUGUGGAAAAAGUUUUGGUUAUCAGCAUGCCCUCAGAACACAUACGUGCAGUCAUGUAGGAGAAAAGCCACAUCACUGCUCACAGUGUGGGAAGAGUUUUUAUCAAUGGAGCAAUUUCCAAAAACACGAGCGCAUUCACACGGGAGAGAAGCCGUAUCACUGCUUACAGUGUGGGAAGAGUUUCACUUACCAAAAUCUUCUCCAGCGACACCAGCGUGUUCACACGGGAGAGAAGCCGUAUCAGUGUUCACAGUGUGGGAAGAGUUUUGCUAACCAGAGUAAUUUCCAACAACACAAGCGCAUUCACACAGGAGUAAAGCCAUAUCAGUGUUCACAGUGUGGGAAGAGUUUCCAUCAGUGCAGCAAUUUCCAACGCCACCUGCACAAUCACACGGAGGAGAAGCCGUAUCGCUGCUCACAGUGUGGAAAGGGUUUUACUUAUCAGAACCUUCUCCAGCGACACCAGCGCGUUCACACGGGGGAGAAGCCGUAUCACUGCUUACAAUGUGGGAAGAGGUUUGCGCAUCAGAGUGCGUUCCUACAACACCAGCGCGUUCACACCGGAGAAAAGCCGCAUCACUGCACACAGUGUGGGAAGAGUUUCUCUAGCAGGGGUAAUCUCCGACAACAUCAACGUGUUCAUAAAGGGGAGGAGUCAAAUUUACAUUUGCAAGGCAGACAGUCGCUUUCUCUACAACACCAGCGCAGUCACGCGAGAGAGAAGCCACAUCUCUGCUCACAGUGUGGAAAGAGUUUUACUUACCAGAGUCACCUCCAGGAACACCAGCGCAUUCACACAGGGGAGAAACCUUAUCACUGCUCACAGUGCGGGAAGAGUUUCCAUCGGCAGAGUACUCUGAAAGUUCACCAGCGCAUUCACACGGGAGAGAAGCCAUAUCGGUGUUCACAGUGCAGGAAGAGUUUUACUCAGCAGAGUAGUUUCCAACGACAUAAAUGCACUCGCACAACAGACGAGGCUUGUUGUUCGUCGCAAUUUGGAAAGACGUUCAUUAUUCAGUUACAGUUAAGGCCUUCAAGUGCACUACUUCAGGGGCAUGAAUUAAAGUUGUAAAAACCUGUUGUUUUAAGUAAUAAAACAUCUGUAGGGAACAUCUUAGUCUGAUGGGGACCCACGUCAGUGUUCUCAUUUUGGAGGAAAGGCUUUGUGUCUUGAUCAAGACAGACCUUGACCCAGACCUCAUGAGAAC